AAACAAAGUUCUGUUGUGGAAUAAAGUUUCUCCUUUUUGUCCCUCCCGGUCCUCCGUAGUGGCGGUUUAUUGGCGGCUCACAAAACAAAACAUCUCUAACAACUUGUCAGUUAUUAAUUUACCUUUCAGGGCGUUGCCAUGGAGGAGUUACCCCGCCUGGUGUCGACAGGAGACUGUGUGAAGAUCUGGGAUGCUGUUUCCAUGGCGCCGCUGGAGCAGUUUAACCCACAUAGCACCAGCCACCCUGUCGCACAGGCCUGCUGGAGCUCCAACAACCACUACCUGGUCAGCGCCAGCAGCAGCGGAGACAAACUGGUGGUUUCCAGCCUCAAAGCGACUCCUGUUCCAGUGGUGGAACUGGCCGAGGGGAAAAAGCAAACCCGCGUGUGUCUCAGUUCGUCGUCUCAGUUUCUGGUCAGUGGAGGUCUGGAUCAUUGUGUUCACAUCUGGGACCUGAAGACCAAGAGACUGCACCGCUCCCUCAAGGACCAUAAAGAAGAGGUGACCUGUGUGUCCUUUAAUGCCAACGACAGCUACAUCGCCUCCGGUUCCACCAGUGGAGAUCUGGUCCUCCACAGUCUGACCACCAACCUGUCCAGCAAAGCCUUCGGCCACGGCAGCAACCAGCCCGUCCAUGACCUGAGGCUGUCCACGCUGAAGCGCUCCCUGCUGGGCAGUGUUUCUGACAGCGGCACCGUGGUCCUGUGGGACUCCAACACCCAGAAGGAGCUGCACGUGUUUGAGAGCGCCCAUAAGGCCCCGGGCUCCGGCCUGGCCUUCUCCCCCGCCAGUGAACUGCUGGUGGUCAGCGUCGGUCUGGACAAGAAGAUCGUCUGCUUCGACACGACCAGCAAGAUUGUCCUGAGGUCGAUCCGGGUGGACAGUCCACUGACCUCGGUGGACUUCACUCUGGACGGUACCGGUCUGGUAGUCGGAUCCACUCAGGGGAAGAUCUACCAGUACGACCUGAGGAACUCCAGCGCCCCCACCAGGAUCACUGUGGCGCAUAAAACCUCAGUCACCUGCCUGCGUUUCCAGAGCAGCGCCAGCAGACACAAGUCCAGUAAACUGGGCUCCACCAAGAUCUGCAGUACCAAGAGAUCCUCAACCAAGCUGUCAAACAGCCAGCCAGACCCCGCCCCCCACAGGCAGAUGAGUACAGCAGGGGGCGCUGGUGCCGAGGUGAUGUCCCGGGAGGCUGAAGGCCAGCAGGGGGCGGAGCAGCUUCCUGUCGUGGAGAAGUUCAGCAGCAUCGGACGAAACAGUCUGGACGUCUUCUCUCCUGCUCGGGAAGACUCUAGGACCCAGGGGACGACCGGAGACACGCCGUUAGGAAGAACGCCAGUUACCAGUUUGGAGAUGCUUAGAGAAGGGGAGGGUCAGCAGGUCAUAGGUCGAGCCAGUCUGGACAUCUUCUCCCCAGUCAGAGAAGACUCUCAUUCAGGGGCCAGCUCGCACCGUAAGACCCCCCUGGGAACGCCCCUGGCUGCCUCUGGAGGGCGAUGCUACACCCCGCUGUCCGUCUUCCAGACCCCCCCACCAAUCAAAGAGGAGGAGCCGAUCCCAGCUGCAGCAGCUGAGCCGUGUGACUCCAGAAAGUCCGAUCAGGCCAGCAGUUCCAGCCUGGAGGGGGAGGGUCAGACCACGCCCACAUCGUCCCAGCAGACCAAUCACAGUCAGCCGGCCCCGCCCUUCUUCACUCCAGAACCCAGCCUCAGGAGAGCCAAUGGUAUUCAGGCUCAGCUGAGCUACGACUCACCUGUCCACGGAGCUCCACCCGCCACCACAGCAGGUCCAGCUCUGUCGGCGGCGGUUUCCUCCUCUCUCUCCCAGAACAUCGCAGAGGUGGUGGGACACGCCGGAGCUGCUCCUCUCACCUCCCUGCAGAUCCACUUCAUUCAGAACAUGAUCCAUGAAACUCUGGAGGACUUCAGGGACGCCUGUCACAGAGACGUCGUCAACCUGCAGGUGGAGAUGGUCCGACAGUUUUACAUCCAGCUGAAUGAGAUCCACAGUCUGAUUGAGAAAUACUCUGUGAACGAGUCUCUGGUGGAGGAGAUCGAGAAGCUGAAGGAGGAGAACCGCAGGCUGAAGACCAACUACUGACCUGAUCCGGGAUGGAGCUGUGGAGCCCCGAGUUGAGCCUCUCAGGCAGCGCUUCCUCCCAGACUGUCUCUCCAUCGGCGGGGCUACGUUUAGGUUAGAGACGGUUUUGGGAUAAAGAGAGUCUCGACCUGGGGCAAGAAAGGUCUCGGGUCAGAAUCCAGCCAAAGUGGAGAACACUGCCUUCCUGUUGUCGUCGCUGCUGACCGCAGAGGACGAACAGAGCUGCUUUCUUUUCUACGUCGCCGCCUCGCGGCGGCUGAACAGCGGCGGCGCCUCCGGGUGCCGAGGACGACGGCAGCACCACAGAUGUGAGUGAAGUUGGUGUGUGUGUGUGUGUUUCGAUGUUGGUAACACGGUAGUUCACGCUUUCAGCCGCACAUUUUCUUACAGCAUCAGCAGCUGGUGGCUUCAUGUGUGCCUGUAUCAUGUUUUUAUUAAUGAGAAACAUUUUGCCGAAAGAAUAAAAAAAAGAUUCAUAUUGAAAAUAAAACAAGAA